AUGACGCCGGAGGUGUGGGAUCAGCUGAAGCAUCUUCGAGAGGACAGGGAGAAGCUUAAGGAGGCAGCUGAGAGUGCACUGCAAGAUGGAGACGAGGGUGGCUUCGAGUUUCAGAACAUGCUCGCCUCUGAAAUCACCGAAAAGAUCGAAGAGCUCGAAGGCAAGUAUGGCACCCAGCCGCCCCUGCCGGGAGCCAGGAACGAGCCUUCGCAGGCAGGCAAGUUGCCGUUGCCACCCCCGCCGCCGGCGCCACUGGCGCUGGCCAAGUUGCCGAGCAUGCCACCACUGCCAGGUGUGGCUCUCCCGGGCAUCCCAGCAGGAGUGGCGGCGAAUCUCCCUCCAGGAAUCGCCGCCAACAUCCCACCGGGUGUCGCAAGCGCCCUGGGCAAGAUGCCUCCCGUGCCGGGAGCUCCCCCAGUGCCAGGCUUGGCCCCGGGCUUUGCUGGGGUGCGGCCACCGCCCAUUCCGUUACCUCCUGGCGUAAUGCCGCCGUUCCUGGGUCAGCCCGUGAGUUUGACGCAGCAGCAGGCCAUGGAGUAUGAAGAGAUAAAGGCUCGAGACACAGCGCUGGAGCCGGAGGUCAUCGAGUUAGUUCACUACUUCAAGAUCUCAGAUCGACAUGCUCGGAUGCUCAACGAGCAGCUCAAGCGCCGAAACAACACCUACGAGGAGGACAUCGCAUCCCUGUACGAGAUCUUGAAAGGCGCCAAGAAUCCAGGAGAUCUGCUGAUGGUCUCGAUCCGAUGGAUGGAGCGCGGCGUGUUCCGAGGCACACUGACGCCAAACCCGGCGGUAGAAAAGGCAGCCAAAAAGUACAAGCUGGAUGCGCCUUCGGCGUGCAAGUUGGCGGAGGUGCUCGAGAGCCGCGAAGAUCCAGACGCCGAUCUCAGGAAGAUCAGUGACCACUUGGCAGCCUCCAACAAGCCCUCCUCACUGGUUAUGCAGAUGCUGCGGGACAUCAAGGCUGGCAAGCCUGUAGAGGCGUGCACCCGUGCCCCUGCCAUCGGAAGCUACCUCCACAAGAAGGAGACGGCGACCAAGCAGAACUCCAAGGGUGGCCGAAGUAGGACGCCGCACCGGCGCAGCCCCAGCCGCGAGAGGAGGCACCGCAGCCGGGAGCGGCCGCGUGGCCGAAGUCGGAGCCGUGGAGGUGGCCGUGGCGCUGACGGGCGCGAUGGGCGCGCCCGCGGCGACCGAGGAGAAGCCGAAAAUGGCCGCGGCCGUCAGCGAAGCAGGAGCCGGACGGACCGGCGUGGGAGUCGGCGUGAAGAACGAGUGGCUGAAGAGCACCCAGGUGAGGCGGCGUGA